AUGAAUAUGGCUAUCCAUCUCAACUGGCUUUCAAUACUGAUGCUAUGCGUAGUUCUGCCUUGUAUCUUUCAACAAGAAGUAAAUGGUGCUGCAAUUACUGAAACAACGGUGGAAGAAUCAAUCAAUGAAGAGACUACAGCGGAACUUGAGACAGUUACUGAAGAGGCAUGUGGUCCAUGUAAUCUCAAAGGCGAUCCGUUACUGGCUGGUCCUCAACCACCAUUUGAAGCUGAGACACAAGAUUAUCCAGGUUUGGAAAGUAAAAUGAAUCCACGACCUGACUACGGAUAUCGAUCCUACGGCGGUAACGAACGACUUCAAGGCAAAGUAGCGAUCAUUACUGGUGGUGAUAGUGGAAUCGGUCGUGCGGUGGCAUUAGCAUUCGCACGCGAAGGUGCUUCUAUCGUAAUUUCAUACUUAAAUGAAACUGAAGAUGCGGAAGAAACUAAAAAAUUGAUCGAAGACCAAGGACAAGAAUGUAUUCUUAUUCCUGGUGAUAUCGGCGAUGAAGAUCACUGUAGAAAAAUUAUCAAUGAAACAGUGACCAAGUUCGAACGAAUCGAUAUUUUAGUGAAUAAUGCCGCAUAUCAAGGCAAAAUGCUCGACGAAUCGAUCGAAGGAAUGAGUCACGAGCGCGUUUUAUACACGUUUAAAACAAAUAUUGUUUCAAUGUUCGACCUUACACGUUUUGCUGUACCGCAUAUGCCCAAAGGAUCAUCAGUUAUCAACGUUGCUUCCAUUCAAGCUUAUCACCCUAGUGCCGGUAUUCUUGAUUAUGCUGCAACGAAAGCAGCUAUCGUAGCAUUUACAAAAGGUCUUGCUGGUCAUAUGCUUGGAAAAGGUAUUCGAGUCAAUUGUGUUGCACCUGGACCUGUCUGGACUCCGUUAAUAGUAUCCAGUCUUUCCAAAGAACACAUUGCACAAUUCGCUGCAGACCAUCCAAUCAAACGUCCAGCUCAACCACGAGAGGUGGCACCGGUUUUUGUAUUUCUCGCAGCAGGCAGAGAUUCGUCAUACAUCACCGGUGGAGUAUUCUCUGUCACGGGUGGUCUCAUAACUGCUUAA